AUGAUUUCUAUUGUUCUUGGUUUCUUCUUUCAAUUAUAUCUACUCACUCAAGGUAAGACAAAAGCAUGUGUUCUUCGAGAUGGUCACUCUCAUGACAAUUUAGGAACAUCACCAUUUCUUCAACAAUUGCAAAAUGUAACGAUUAUACAUAAACCUAAUUCGUAUAUUUAUCAUCUCUGUCAAAUAUCUCAUCCAAUUCAUGCAAAGCGUAUCCGUUGGCAUUAUGAAUCUCUCGAUCAUACCAAUCAGGACAUAUUAACACAUUGUAAACAUUUGAUAAACAGCUCGGAUUGUUUUGAUUUUUAUUAUGGAUCCUCGUUAAGUCUCUUGAUUGUUAAAGAGUCUAGUCUAUUCAACGGAAAAUACACAUGUCAUAUCCAUGUCAAUUCUACGUAUGAAAUCAAUUCAACUGCGUGGGUCAAUGUGAAAUUACCAUCCUCGAAUGUCAACGAAGACGAAGAAUCAACAGCGAUCUUUAACGAAAAUUAUGCUAUACAAUUAGCUAAAGAUUACGAUGUACCAUUUAUAAUCGAUGACAACGAAGUGACAUCAUUUGGAAAACGUAUACAAAUCAAUGGUAUAUUUCAUACGACAUGUCGAUCGAUUGAAAGUUCGCAUCCGAUAAGUUUUCUCUGGUUACAAUUGAAGCAUACAUCGAAAGGAAUCAAAACGAUUCGACUACUACACGAUGAUGGACAUCGAGUUCGAAUUCAAAAUGCCAAUUCUUCAAGUUCACUAUCGAUAUAUUCCGUGGGUUUUUUCGAUCAAAGUGAUUAUGUUUGUAUCGCUUUCAACACUCUUGGCCGAUCGUAUUCGAGUAAACGUUCAUUGAUUGUUUCCGAACGCAUGGUUUUACCACGUAUACAUGAUAAUCUUGUGAAUAACACUAACUUUCACGUUCAACAUUAUGAGAAAAUAUCAUUGAAUUGUACUGCGGAUGGUCAUCCGUCUCCUGAAGUCGUUUGGACUCGAGUUUCCGAUUCUCUUCCUUUGGUGCAGGGACAUUUACUUGCCAGUUUGCAGGUUGCUAGUGAAACGCAUGGAUUGAAUCAGUAUAUGUGUGAAGCGAAAAAUAAGCAUGGUUUGACACGAAUCUUCAUUAAUGUUAUCGUUCCAGAUGUGCACAUUCAGCCAGUACUGAAUUAUGAUCAGUUGCAAAGUCGAAGCGUUCUUCUCGAUUGGUAUGUGCCGAAUGAACGCGAUGAUCGUUUCAAUCAUUAUAUUGUCUACUAUCGUGCUUUGAAUCAUUUUGAUAUCGAUAUUGAUGAACAUGACGAGCUGAUUGAUAUACAAAAUUAUCAACAAAUAUUCAUUGAUCCAAGUCAAACAUACUACAACCUUACCUAUCGAGUGACCAAUCUGAUACCAUACACGAACUAUGAAUUUCGAUUGAAAGCUUUCACAGGCGCUGUACCAUCGAACUAUUCCAAUCCAGUUUUUAUUAAAACUCGCGAAAGUCUUCCAGAAAAAGUCGACAAAUUGCAUGGUUAUAUUUGGAAUCACACAUCUGUAGUCGUUCAUUGGUCGCCGACAAGUUCAACAAACGGUCCUGACUUUUAUUACGUUCUCUAUUAUACAAUCAAUACGUCUAUUCCUUUUGAACAAUGGUCAACUAUUCGUAUUCACUCGCGUCCAUUCUAUAUUCUUCCAAUAUCAAUACCUGCGAAUGUUCAGUUGUUCAUUCGUGUGGCCAGUGUUAAUGCGAAAGGCUCGACCCUAAGUGAUUUCCAUAUGAUUAAUCAUAGUUUAUUGAAUUCACAUCUGAUCUCAAGUACAAUCGAUAAUUUUCAAUGUAUCUCGGACGAACCUAAUCAAUCGAUAUCAUUGAAAUGGUCUAUCGAUUAUCGAUCUCAUAGAUUGAUUAAAAACUACAUUGUCUACUAUUCUGAUUUGACACAAUCCAAUGACGAUUGUCUUCGCACACAUCUUAUUCCAAUCGAUACCAUUAAAAUUGUUCGACAUUUAUCCAAGGAUUUCUUCGAAUACAAAUUCAACACGUCUCUACUCAAACUCAACUACAAUAAAUAUCAUAUCUUACGCUUUGAUUUAGCUAUUAUUGAUCAAAAUGAAAAUCAAUUAGCAAUGACGUCCUCGUCGAUUUAUUCGACUUUUCCAAGAAAAUCUGGUAAGCAGAGCACAAGAGUUCUCUUUCUGAUCGAUUGA